AUGGCAAUCAACAGUAGAAUAGCGAAAGUGGAAGGUGUUGAAGACCAAAAAUGGUAUCAUGGGAUGAGACCGAGACGGGAUAUUGAGUAAGUUUUGGGGAUUGACUGUUCUAAUUUGGAACCUGGCCAAUUUUAAGCGUAAAAUUUGAUCAAGGUUCUUUCAGCUCAAAAUCUCAUCCAAACCAAUAUUUCAGACACCUGCUCAUUCAAGAUGGCGAUUUCCUUGUCCGCGCAUCCGAUGGUCGCACCAACAACGUCGAAAUCAUUCUAUCGAUUCGUAGCGAAACCAAAGGAUUGAUUCAUUUGACAUUGGCGUGCACCGAAGGAAAAUGGCAACUUGGCCUAACUUCGAAGGGCAAAAAAGUGCAUCGCUUCGACACAAUUCCAUUGCUCAUCGAGCAUUACAAGAAGCACAAGUUGUCCAAUUCUCUUAUUUUGAAACGUGGUGUUCAUCGUCCGGAUUGGUUGAUAACCCACGAAAAAGUCACUUUUGACACGAAAAAAGAUGAAUUGGGAGCUGGCAAUUUUUGCACUGUUUAUAAGGGAAAAUAUGACAAAGGAGAUGAACAAGUUGUCGAUGUUGCUGUCAAACUUUGCCAUAAUAGUACAAAAGAUUCAGAAGAUCCGAAUAAAUCGGCUGAUGAAGUGAGAGCGGCAAGAGAAAUGAUGCUUGGCGAAGCAAAGGCAAUGUCACAUUUUGUUCAUCAAUAUGUUAUUCAAUUAUACGGUGUUGCAUGUGAUCAUCCGCCUGUAUUAAUUGUAAUGGAAUAUUGUCCAGGUGGAAGUUUAGAUAAACAUUUGCAAAAACAAGGAAAUGAUAUUGAAAUUGGCGAAAGAUUAUGCUAUAUUUUGGAAGCGGCAAGAGGUAUGCGAUAUUUGCACUCAAGAUCUUGUGUUCAUCGCGAUCUUGCUGCCAGAAAUUGCUUAAUCUCAGCCAAAGGAUUUAUCAAAAUAUCCGAUUUUGGACUUUCGAAAUUAUUGGAUGGAAAAGCGGAAGAAGAAACAGUUGAUGAAGAAUCUCCACAAAUCCCGCUUCGUUGGAUGGCUCCAGAAUCCUUGAAGAAGCCUAGAAAAUAUUCGAAAGCAUCGGAUGUCUGGAGUUUUGCUGUUCUCAUAUACGAAGUCUUGAAUAACGGACAAAAACCAUGGCCGGAUUGGCCGGCAAAGAAGAUCGCCACACACAUUCGCAAAUGUCAAAUGCCUGAUCUUGCCGAUUCGACACCAGCCGAACUCAAGGAAUUGGUUGGCAAGAUUUGGGUUCAGAAUUCUAGUGAUCGCCCAACAUUUCGUGAAAUUUGCUUGAAAAUCUGGAAAGUCUUGAAGAAGGUUCAACCGCCGAAGCCAAACAAGUUCGCAUUGAACAAACUGCCAGGAGUCGAGAGAACAAUCACGUUGAGAGUGAGUUUGGGGGAAUCUGGGUUGGAAAAAAUGAAAAUUCAAUAAAUUUUUACAGGAAUGCAACAACGAUGAUGACGACACCAAUCGCGAUUCUCAAGAUUUGCCAAACAACACCAACAAAUCGACCAUGGAAGACGAGAAAAAUGCGGCAUAG